AGAGAGACAAGCAGAGCUAGAAACUGAAAUGGAGAAGGUCAAGAAAGAUGCCAAGCAACUUCUUACAAAAAGACAGGAGAUGGGUGCCUCACUUAAGACUAGAACUGAUCGUGCAUCAAGUAUGUCUGAAAUAGAGUUAAAUGAACUACGGGCAGAUAUUAAGCACUUUGUAGUGGAGAGAAAAUAUGAUGAAGAUUUGGGAAAGACUCUGAGAUUUGUUUGGGACAGGGAUAGAAUUUUAGAGGAGAUCAAGAAAUUUGGAGAAAUUCAUCAUGUUAAGAACCUGUAUGGACAUCGAAGACAUUCGCUAUCUUCUGCAACUAGUUCAAUAGCAGCUGAAAACAACCUGCAAGAAGAUGCUGCUGGGGUGUCUGGGGUACUUUCUUCAGAUAAUGGUUCAGCUUGUGCAGCAUCUAAUAAAGAUACCCCGGUGACAGUCCAAAGUGUGCCUCCAGUUCACUAUUUGAAAGAGGGUAGACCUCGAAUAUUUUCUAAUACGGAACGGCGUUUUGGUUACCAGAGUGAUAAUUAUCAUUCUUAUGGGAGUGGGAGAGGUAGGGUAAAUUUCUCGAGUCGAGGUCGUGGUCAGCAAAAUAGACAAGACAACCGAACCUCUGGAGGGCUUCCUCAACGAGGUAAUUACAAUGGGCCUUUAAGAACUGAAGGCCGAUCUUUCGCUUCUCAACAACCUCGUGGCAGAAGAUCACCUCGUAGAGACAGGUUUCCAAGAUCUCAACAGCAUUUUGCAUUUCAAUCUGAAAAGCAACUUACUGAUGAUCCUAGGGGUGAAAACCUGGGUAAUGGAAAGCCAAAUCCAGCUGAUGGGUCUGAAUUGAUUAAUGGAAUAAUGGAACAUUAGUACUAACUAUGUUAACCCAUGCUUCUUCCCAUGGUACACAAAUUUUGGUGUAAUUGAUGUUAUUUCUGUCUCUUUUUAUUUUUCUUUCUUUUUAGUUUCUUUGGUUUUGCUCUUCAGUUUAGUCAUAAUUAUUCUUUAAUUACUUAUUGGUAUGUGCAAAUAGAUUUAUAAUCUGACUACUUGGCAGAAGUUUUAAUAUUAAUAUAUAUAUAUUUGGUAUAAUUAAGCACUUUUAAAAUACUCUGACAAACUGGUAAAGAAACAAGACCCCAGUAUGGUUGCUAUAGUAUUUGCAUCUUCAGUUGUUGUUUUUUAAUAGUUUUUUUUAUUGUUAUCAUCAGAGCACCCACGAUAUGCUUGUAGGGAAUAUGCUACUCUCACAUAUACAUGUAUACAUCAUUAAUUCAUAGACUUACCUUUUCAGUUGACCCAAGUAUUCUGCUUUUAUUUGUGAAAUGUCAGUGAAUUGGGGCUGAAGCUCAUUGUGCGUCAUUACACAUGUUGGAUAAAACCAUCAUUUACUAUUACAAUGUUUAUCAGCAUUUCUUAUUUUGAAUUAAAAAACCAUCAGUAUAGGAUAAAAUUUGAUCAAACAUUUACUGAAAAAUGGAACACAGGUUUCGUUCUAAAUAGUUGUUAAUCAGUGAUUAAUGCCAUUGAAAAGUCCAUUAUUUUUGGUAUUAAAAACAGUUCAAUCAUGGAGUUGCAAACAUAUAAUUUAAAGUGUAGCUAUUUGAAAAGUUUUAUCUUUUUGGGUAAUUUACCAUGUUAGAAGCAUUGGAAUCACUAUAUCUUGAGUGUGAUGUGUUAACUAAAUUUAUUUGCAAAGGAUUGAAUUUACCUGCUUAACUAGGCAUACGUAUCGAGUAGUUACUUAUUUAAUAAGUAGUCAAUAAACUAUUACUAACUUAUAAACUUCCUGUCAGAAAUGUAUACUUAAUAGAUAUUCAGGCAAAUGUUUUGGAAAUUAAUUUUAAAAAAGUUGCAGUUUCGUUUCUUUCAGCAGGUAAAUAUUGUGUAACUCAUUGAGCUAUCAAUUAUGUAAAGCAUUUAGAUGUUGUUAUAGGGUGUAUUUUGCUUAAUGAGUUGCACUUUUCAUAUUAUAUGCAAAACUCCAUCCAAAAAAGUUUAUUAUAUAUAUUUUUAUUUCCUCCUACUCAUUACAUUCCUAAAAUCUCUCAUUCAGAACAAUGCACUUUUGGAAAUGAAGGCAAAAUUCUUUUCCUUCAUCACUUAAGAUAAAUUUCAUAAUCUGAUGUUAAUUAUCUUUCAGAGAAAAAAAAAACUUACUUACAGAAAAAUAUUUAAAGUAUGAAUAACUUGUAACCUGAAAUGAAAUAGUGUAAUUCAACUGUUGUAAACAGCUGAACCCCAAUUUUUCAUCAGACAUAAGCAUAUUAAGGGUGCAUUUUGUAUAAUGUUGGAUUUUAAGAUGAAGUUAUUGCUGUGAAAAAAGUGUUCAAUCACGUAUGCAAAGAAUUAUGAAAGGUAAUGUUUCCCAAGUAGGCAUGUGAUGUUUUUGUAUUGAUUCUUUUGAAAUAUUUGUACUUGAAAUAAUAGUUAAGGAAAAAUAGAUGGAUAACCAUAUUACUCUUUAAAAAUUUAAUUUUUGUUAUUUUUUCUAGACUUUUUUUUUCACAUCAUUGUGAAGCAGUUUUCCUUGACAUCAGCUGAACAGUAUAAGCAAAACAUCAUACACUUUUAGGGCUACAGGAAAUUAUUCAAACCAUAAGCGUAAUUCCACACUUGUAAUACACUUAUACUGUUUAGUGAAAGCUUUUCAGCUAUUACUAUGUUCUCAGUCAACUAACAGUAUUUUUUAGUAAUUAUUUCAGAAAAAAUAAAGAAAAUCACCCCUUAAUGUAGGAGUUUGAAAAUGUAGAGUGUUAUUGUAACUGAUGAAACAUUUAUAUAUAUACACACAUCAACACGCUGUUUUCUUAUCCCAUGAAGCUGAAAUGCCAAUAAGCUACUCGGAACAUCUCAUUUAUGAAAUCACAUCAAUACUUUUUUGAGCUUUAAUAGCAUUAUAGUUUUCAACAUGAUACAGAAUGGUCAAUUAUAUCAUUUACUCAACACAAGUUUCCCCGAGAUUUUUUUUUAUAAUUGUUCAUAAUCUUUCUUUUUCUUUUUUUUUUGUAAGUUGUUACUAAGCUUGUGCCUCAUCGCUAUCAUUUCAUUAAUUGUAGUUCAGUAAUCUGGCUAUGUUUCUGGAAGUAUCUCUAAAUUUGUUAUUCUAUGAAGUAUAGAUAGCUAUAUGUUAUUUAUUGUCACUUGAGCAGAAGAUUACUGUGAAGUGAAGCAAAGCUAAACAAUUUAAAGUUAAGAAAUUUUCAAUAUUGCUACAAGAGUUAUGAUUGUCUUGGUAUGAGAAUUUUAGUUUACUUUCAUACACUUUAAAAGUUAAACUUCCAUAAAAUAUUUACAGAUAAAAUUAUAUAAGUGUAUUUUAGAAUUGCUGAGUUGAAACUUUAAUCCAAAACUACGUAUUCAUUCCUAAACUGAAAAUUUUCUUGUUAUUAAUUGUUAAAGUAGGAUUGUAACCACCUUGGUAAAAUGAAACUAACCCUAAAAAGCAUAUACAGUGUGGUUGUUGCACAAUGAAUCAAUGCAAAUUGCUAUUUGUUCCUUUUGUUAUAGGCACGAAACUUUGUUGUUGUUUUUUAAGAAAACUCAACACUUUUAAUUAAUAAUGAUUUUCAUUUUAAAGGCUACAAAAUUUUGAUAGGAAUACAAAAAAAAGUCCAACAUAUGUGUCAAUAAUUUUUUUAAAUGCUUUCCUUUUUAUAUUAACUGAUUGUAAACUUGUUUGGAAAUACUUCCUUGUGCUCAGUGCUCCUGAAAUGUCAAGUAAAACAGGUAUUAUUGGCAAAACCUUUUGUUUAGUAUGAUUUAGAUAAAAUAUUUGAUUCAAAUUGUAUAUUAAAUAAUGAUUAUUGAGGUUCAAAAACCUUACAAAACAGACUUUUUAGAGCUCCCAUGUUUGGUGGUUGUUAUAUGCCCCAGUACCUACUUAUAAUGACAUAUUUUAUUUUUUGUAACAUUAAAUUCUUAAAAUUAUAAUAUAUAUAUAUAUAUAUAUAUGGUAUACUUAGUUUCUUUAUCAAUUUUUUUAAUUAUUUUGUUAAAGCAAAAGACAUUACAAAUCAUCUUGUUAAUUUUGAAAAACGUUUUUGUCACAACCAAUUAUUACUUUUGUAUUCUUUUUGGCAUUUAUAAGAUAUGAACAGUAUCACCAUGAUACUAAUUUAGGUUGUUGAUUAAUUUGAUAGUUUUAUUUAUAAUUAUUUUGUAACUUGAUUUAUAAUGAUUUAAUUUUGCAUGAAUACAGGCAGCCUACUGUUAAUUCUAGACAAAUGAUAAAGAACACACUACAGUUUCUACUUCAAAUAAUUAUUGCAAAGCUCAAGUGAGGAAAUACAAAAUUUGAUUUUUACAAUUAUUUUUGUUGAGAAGGUGUAUAACAAAAAGUAUCAAUUGAAUCAUAUAUAUUUCUAGUUGUCUAAAGCUCUCAGCUUGCUAAAAUUUGCCAUCGAAUUAUAAUAGCAGUUUGUAAUUUUAAAUGUAGUUAAUCAGUUUAAGUUAAAUACAUAUUUUUUUUAAUGUUGUAUAUAUAUA